AUGGAGGCCGCCGGGAUCGGAUGGCUAGCACAGUCCAUCCUGUCGAGCCCACUGAUCGGCAAGCCCCCUGAUCCCUGGGUCCGUGAGGCCGGCCUCGCGGAAGAAAUCGAAGGGCUCACGUCUGCAAUCAAGGGAGUCCGCGUGGUCGUCUCUGCUGUUGACGGCAGGGAGCUCGGCAACGAGCCACUCGCUGAAUCUCUUGCUGAUCUCAAGGAGGUUCUCUAUGAUGCGGCCAACGUGGUCGACGACCUCGACUACCACAGGCUAAAACAGGGUAAGCCUGCUGAUAUACUGCCAACAAGUAGCAGUCGUGGGAAGAGGCAACGCUCCAAGGCAUGGGACCAUUUUGUGGUUAUAAGAGAUGGUAAUGGAAACCCUGAGAAGGCAAAAUGUAAGUAUUGUCAAAGCGUAGUUCAGUGUAAGACUAUAAACGGGACAGGAGUUUUGAGCAGGCAUAUCAAGAGUGCUGGUUGUAGGGAAAUGGCAAGUCACCAACAGCAAGAACCUUCCUCAAGCAUAGGCAAUGGUACUAGAACAAUUGGUAAUCCAUCCAGAAGUAAAAGGAUGAGAAUUGAUCAUGACUCAACACAAGUCACCACAGAUAACACAAACCCUUGGAACAAGGAAGAAAUUUCCAGCAGGUUACAAGAGAUAAUUAAUCAGUUGCAAGGCAUCCAAGGGGGUUUGAGAGGGAUUCUCGAGAUACUUGGCUUAGACUCUGCUGCAACUUUAAGUAAAUCUCGGAGUACAACACAUGAUCCAUGCCGCAGAACAUCAAAUCUUGUUCAAAGAAAAAUAUAUGGGAGAGCGGCAGAGAAGAAAUUCAUCAUCAAUUUGAUAAGAGAACACAAAUCAGCUGCUGGUGUCACUGUUGUGCCUAUUGUAGGCAUUGGAGGAGUUGGGAAGACAGCUCUCGCUCAAGUUGUGUACAAUGAUCCAGCAGUGGGAAAUCAAUUUGAUCUCAGGAUAUGGAUUUGGGUAUCUAAUAUGUUUGAUGAAGUGAGACUCACAAGGGAGAUGCUAAAUUUUGUGUCUCGGGAAAUACAUCAAGGGCUUUGCAGCUUUGCCAAGCUUCAGGAGGUCUUGAAGAGUAAUCAGCUAUUGGCUCCUUUUACAUCUGAUGGUGCAAACAACAAUUUGAUACUCAUGACAACUAGAAAACCAUCUUUUGCAAAAAGAAGAGGAACAACUGAACCAAUUAAAUUAAGCGCAUUGGGAAAAGAUGAUUUCUAUUUACUGUUUAAAGUAUGUGCAUUUGGUGAUGAGAACUACAAAGAGGAAGAAAGUCUACGUGACAUCGGACAACAAAUAGUUCAAAAGUUAAAAGGAAACCCAUUAGCGGCACAAACUGCCGGAUCAAUAUUAAGAGAGCAUCUUAGCAUUGAACAUUGGACUAGAAAUCUGAGGAAUGAAUAUUGGAAAUCCCUGCAGCUCACUAGCGGCAUCAUGCCUGCUUUGAAGCUUUGCUACGACGGGAUGCCCUUCCAUUUACAACAAUGCUUCUCCUAUUGUUCUAUAUUCCCAUACAAUUAUCAGUUUCCCGCUGAGGAGUUAAUUCAUAUGUGGAUUUCACAGGGAUUUGUGAAGCGUGAUAGUUCAAGUGAGUGUUUGGAGGAGAUAGGGAAGUCCUAUCUAACUGACUUGGUAAACCUGGGUUUCUUUGAACAGGUUGAAGAAAUUGAACAAACCCACAACAUAUCUCGUAGUGAGAAGUUUGAAGAAAAAAUACGUAUUGCAUUUACAUCAGUGAAAACCUUGAGGACAUUGGUUUGGGUAAAUCAUACACAUCUUCGGUAUCUAAAACUUGAGGCCGUUCAUGUUGAGCUGGGUUCACCGUCUCAAGUUAAGAGCAAGUUUUCCCAUCAAAUAUUAGAUGGUUGGCUUACCUCUUUGCAGAUAAUUCAUUUAGAGAACUGUGGACAAGGCUGGAUACUUCCAUGUCUGGAAAGGUUUCCGUUUCUUACAAGGUUGAAGUUGAGCAAUAUGGAGGAAGUAAGAGAAGUAUCAGUUCCAUCAUUGGAGGAGCUAGUUUUAGUUGAGAUGCCAGAUUUGGAGAACUGUUUCUGCACUUCUCUGGGAGAUAUGAACUCUAGUUUAAGGGUACUGGAAAUCCGAGGUUGCCCUGCACUUAAGAUGUUUAAUUUGCUUGAGAAACAUCAUAGCUUCAAAAUGGAGAAUAAUGCAUGGUUGCCCAGUGUUACGAAAUUCGUAAUCUGCGAUUGUCCUCACUUGCAAGUAUUGGCCCCUCUUCGGCCUUCAACUGCAUUUUCUGAGCUUUUAAUCAGAAGAGUUUCAACGUUUCUGACUAUGAAAUGUUUUUCCAUGGAAACGUUUGAAAUUAGGCCAAACUGUCUUUUGGGUGAGUCUUCUGGUGUGAUUAGACUGGACGACAAAAUCUUGGCAUUUCAUAAUUUGAGGGACCUGAAACACUUGGAAAUAAAAGGCUGCAAGAAUCUGGUGUCUAUUUCACUAAUAAGUCUUUCUCAUCUGGUAUCUCUAGAGAGUUUGAGCAUAGAAAAUUGCGCAAAACUCUUCUCUUCAGAUAUUCUGUCACCGCACACACAUGAAGACGUGAUAGCUGCAGAAUAUAAUGCCUUGCCAUAUCUUGAAAGUCUCAGUAUUGUUUCAUGUGGAAUAACGGGGAAAUGGUUGUCUCUGAUGCUUCGACAUGCGCCUGCCAUGAAGGAAUUGGUGAUACAUGACUGUCCAAAGUUGACAGAGUUACGGAUUGAAGGGGGAGGAAACAGUCAGUCGAAUCUUAUCCUAGCCUCGGAGGCCUCAUCAUCAGGAUAUCAAAAUGAUCUGUCGGCAAGCUCGGCUCAAGAUGGAUUGUGGUGCGUUCCAUUAAACAUCACCUCCUCUCUUAAAAAGAUAACUAUUCGUGAAUGCCCUAGUCUAACAUUCGAUGGGAGCAGAGAAGGCUUUGUUGGAUUUACCUCCCUUGAGUAUCUACAAAUUUGGGAAUGCCCCGAGCUGUUCUCAUCUUUGGUGCACGAAAGAUUGCUCCUCCCGCAAUCACUUAGUGAAAUCGCACUAUUUAUGUAUUCCCAGGAAACCCUGCAGCCCUGCUUUCCGAAUAACCAUACUUGCCUCAAAGAUUUAGAAGUACGUCAUAGCCAAAGGUUGAAGUCUCUAACACUGCACUCCUGCAAAUCGCUCGCUGCAUUACACGGCAUGGAAUCACUUGGAACCCUCCGGUCUUUGGCAUUAUAUGAGAACUCAACUUUGGAAUUUCUACAGCUGGAAUCCUUCACGCUGUUGGAAGAUUUGAGAAUUUACUACUGUACUUCGCUCCUCACACUAGAAGGCUUGCGAUCCACCAUGAACCUCAGGUGUUUGAGAGUAGUCAGAUCCCCUAUCGAGGCACUUACAAGUGCCGGAGAGAGUUACGAGCUAAUAGAUGGAAUUUUCCCUAGACUGGAAAGUCUUACUAUCGAUGAUUCAUCUCGCCUUAUGACAUCAUUCUACAAGGGCCUCACCUGCCUCCAACAACUAGAACUAUAUAGUUUGGAAGAGGAGAGACUAACAGAUGAGCAAGAGAGAGCGUUUCUGCUCCAUAGGUCCCUGCAAAAUCUCCAAUUUAUGCAUUGUGAUGACCUCCUGAAUCUUCCGGCAGGGCUGCACGGCCUACCAUCCCUCAAAACAUUGAUGAUCUACAAUUGUAAUCACAUUUCACGACCGCCGAAGGAGGGCCUCCCACUUUCGCUGGAGAAACUGCUUUUAUGUUAUUGUGAUGAUCUCGUAGAUCUUCCGGCGGGGCUGCACAGCCUUCCAUCCCUCAAGACAUUGAAGAUCGAAUGUUGUCAUCGCAUAUCACAGCUGCCGAAGGAGGGUCUCCCACCCUCGCUGGAAGAGCUAGAGAUCAACUAUUGCAGCAAAAAGCUGUCAAAACAAUGCAGAUCGCUAGCAACAAGCAAGCUAAAGGUCAAAAUUACUGGAUGA